GUGGCACAUUCCUGCUUCUCUGGGCAGAAGAAGGGCUUGUUUGCAAGCUCCUGCGCCUGGGAAAGGAGGCAACACCACAAUAUCACUUGAUCAGCCAGCGAGGCCACAUGACAAACAGCUGAGAGUCAUUAGGGUGGGCUGGCAGGCAGGCUGGGCUGAGGGAGGGGGGGCUACUUUGGGUGCAGCCAGACUAGGGGAGCAAAGGGGACCUUCUGAAAACCGGCUCCUUGUUGCUCUUACCUCCUCACGUGCCAGUUGGCUGCUUUCCAUGGCUCUGCUACUGGACCACAAAUUCCAUCUCUGCCUGGGGACCUGUCUGUAGGACCUGCUGGGAAGGUGGGGGCAGCUGAGCAUCUCCUGCCAAUUCCAAUCAGGUAAGGAAAGGAUUUCUUCAUUCCUCUGCUCUCCUUUCUUCUUCUUCAGCGGUUUAAACUCACGUUAUCUGUGUGCAAACUACCUCACUAAAAUUACACACCUUCAGUGAACCCGAACUUAGCUAAAUUAUUCCAGGGAAUUAGGACAAACUUCACUUACGAUACCAAUCUGCCAAAGGGGGGGGGGGAUUUCAGAUGGAUUCAGUGAAAUCCCCCUGGGUACAUUUCCUUGGAAGUCCUUUGAGCUUAGGGGGUGAAUGUGUUUAGGGUGGCAGCCCCAAGCCCUUGGGGGACGGUAGGGUGGGCUCCGUGGUUCUUUGGAGCCUGACCCAGGGCUCUGCUGUUCACAUAAUGUGUCUAAAUACUGGAGGCUUUCUUGCUGAGCUGACCCUGGGAAAGUGGGUUUCCUUUAAUUUUCAGAAAGCGCAUUUUAAUCUCUAAGCUGUGCUGCCCUAGCUUGUUCUAUAUUAACGGGGCAUGUUUAGGCCAAAGGAAGAAGUGUGAAAAAGAGAAAAGGUGCAAAUGUAUUCAGGUAGCUUUCAAACACUGAAAGGGAUUUCUGAAAAUGAGGAGGAAGAAGGUGUCUUCUUUAUGCACAACCAGGGCAUUGUGAGCUUAGCCAAGCGGGUGCUGUUCAGGUGCGUUGCACUACAACUCCCAUCGGUCCCAGCCAGCACAGCCUUUCCUUCCAUUUGCUCCUCAGCUGCAUCCAUCUCCAAAAGCUCGGGCCAAAACACAGCAUUUGGGUCAGGCAAGGCUGCCCUAAGACAUUUUGCCACCUUAGGAAAUACUGAAAAUCCUGCCCCCACCUGUAUGUAUGCAUGCCGCCAACUGACCAUACACUUUGGGCCAGAGCUGGCCCACCCAUGAGGCAAGGUGAGGCAGCUGCCUCAGGUGGCAAGAUUCACCAGGGCAGCAGACCUUGAUGUCGAUCUUCUCCCCGCAGCCCUUGUUCCUGAUAUAGAUUUUCCUUCUUCACUGGUGGGUUGGGGAGCUCCAUGAUGGGGUUUGCCUCAGGUCCCAAAAUGUCUUCCGCUGCAUCCAUAUCUGCAUGCCACCCGAGGUGCCCUGGGGAGUGAAAGGAAGAGUGCAGCAGCAGCAGGAGGACAGCGGUGGGCAUGCUGGGAUGGGCCUGAGGCGGCCACCUUCCCCCACCUCAUGGGCAGGGUGGCUGGCCCAGCGGCCAGGGCGUGUCACUCUCCCACAUGUCUUGCAAGGGCUGCUCCCCUCACUCUCUGUGGGGCCUGGGCAGGACAGCUCCCCGCCGGAUUGUGUCCUUUGCCUUUCAAGAUGGGCCAUGGAGAGCCUUGUUGCUGGGUGGCUGGCCAGUCCAGACUCAAAAGGACAUAAUGCUCUUAAUGAAGGGAAAGAGAAAAAGGCCACUUUGUUACGUGCAUUCAGCUCCCACCAACAUGAAAAGAAAUAAUUCUUUGCUCGGGGAUCAUAUGAUGCAGCCUGGAAGUUGGCGGUUUGUCAGUUGUGCGCUGGGCCAGAGGCCGGUCUUCAGCCUUGCUGCAACUGCAAGCCGGGCAACCGCAGCACAGUUGUCUGGCAGGGUUCCUCUUCCUUCAGCUCCUCUGAACUUCACGAAAGCGAAGGGGAUGUGGAGAAAGAGCUUGCGGAAUUUCUUUUUGUUCAAGCCAUCCAAAAGCGCUGAGGGCCUGUCAACCGCUUGCACUUCGGGGCUGAUUAUGGUGAAUUAAAUCAACCACAUUUAGCAGACAGAAUAAACUAUAAGGAACUCAAGCAUUUCCCAGCUCAUUUCAGGCUGUUUGGCUGGAUGUCAAGGUGAGGUGCGACCUGGAAUCGGGGAGAAGCUGCUUCGGAAGGAGAAGGUCUCCAGCUUUGAUCGCUGGAAGCAUCUCCAGUCCAAAGGCUCAGUCACAGGAGAGGCUUCUUUGCCUGAAGCUGUUAUUAUUAUUAUUAUUAUUAUUAUUAUUAUUAAUACCCCACCCGUCUGGCUGGGUUCCCCCAGCCAUUCUGAGCAGCUCUCAACAGGAGCAGGCAGGAGUCUGAAGGGUGGGCUGAGGAGGCAAGGGGGCAGGAGGAUGAUCCAGGGGUAAGGGUCAGUGAUUUGUGGGGUUCGGUGCCACCCGUGAAGCAGGGGGAAGAGGGGCAGUCGGAGAGGAGAGAAGAGGAGGUGGAGGAAGAGUUGCAGGAAGGUGAAGAGGUGGAAAAGAUUCCCACGGAGAGUUGGGGAGAAUCUCCUUUGUCCCCUGGUAUGUACAAGGACAAGGAGGGGCUAAAAGCGACAGGAGCUGCUGGAGAUGCUUUCAUGUGGUACAUCAGAAGAGGGGAGUUAAAUGUCCUGAUGGAGGCAUGGUUGUGCUGUUGCACAAACUGUUUAAGGACUCAGCUAUACAGCUGCAAAUAAAACGUUUUGAAUGUGUUGUAAAGUGCAAUAUACAGAGGGCGGGUGAUUUUGAGCCAAAGCAAAUUCAAUGCAUUUUUCAAAACGAUUUUCAAAAAAGCAUUUUCACAACGUUUUUAACUUGUGUGUAGAUUCCACCUUGGUUGGAGGACAAGUCUGAAGAUGGAGAUGCCUAUCUAGCUAUUUCGCACGAGUGGUGCAUGCAAUUCUUGCACUUUAGGAGCUGACGUAAUUGAGUGCUUUGCCAAUAAAAAACUAGACCUCCAAUCGCAUGUCCUCAUUGGGGGCUGGGUGUGCUCAGGAUAGAAGCCCCGGAGAAUCUCUGCCUGUCUAAGUAGACAAAGAUGCCCUAUAAACCUGCCUUACAGCCAGAGUUUAUGCCAAGUCUAAGAGAGGACCAAAGCCCUGGGGGAAAGGAUGGGAAGCAAACAAAACUUUUGAGCAAGGGCAGAAGCCCCUAGGACCCCCCCCCCCCAUCUCUUGUUAUAUGAGCUCAUUCAAUCCCUUAGAGUGCAAAUCCCCCUGGUUUUUGUUCACUCUGGUGAAAUUUGUAGCAAUUAUAUACAACAUUCCCUUUUGGCACAAAAAUGUUCUGUAAAGCCCUGCAUGAAAUAUCCACCCAGGCAGUUAAUAAGUGCUACCCAUUUCCUUGCUUCAGAGAUUUCUGUAUCAUUAACUGCUAACAAGUCGUUUUCAAACAUCCACAUCCAAACAGGGAACGCACUUAGAGGGUCCCCUGGGCAUUGAAGAAAAGGCACUGGUGGCUUCAGCGAUAAAAGAGCCAUCCUUUGUUGCCAGGUAAGUUGUGUCCAAGAAUUAAAGGUGAGGGAAACAACAAGGACUUUUUUCUGAGAUAAAAAGCAAAAAUCCUAGUGAGACUAAACAAAUACGACUUGUAGGCCUGGCAAUUCCCGGGCUUUUUAAAUGGACUGAAUCCCUCCAGCUAGCUGUGACUGACAGCUGCCUUAAAGGGAAACUCCCUACUAAAUCACCACCACAGGAUCCAGGGCCAAGGGCUCUUGGGCUACAGGCCUUUCUGCUCUGGAGACGCCUGGAGGGGAAGCUGAACGGGAAAACGCCUAAUGCCUGUGAUCAAACUGAUUUGACAAGAAGGAAAAACCACACUGUUUGUUUUAGUGGAGAGGCCGAUAAGCACUCAGCGAUGUCACUUCCUACACCGUCCAGUCAGAGCCUAGUGUUUCCCGGCUGCUUUUGCAGGAAACAAGCAAAAAAGCCGAAAGAGCGUGGACUAGCUAGCUGCCGCUCCAGAUUAAUCUGUGCUGUUCAGUGUGAGUUAGAGGAGUUCCAGCUCUGGCCGCCUGUGUCGCUUCCCAGGCUCUUCUCUCCAGCCAGAUCCACUGCUGGGUGAGGUGAGGAGGAGGAGGAGGAAAAGAGCACAUCCCCAGGUCUGCCACAGGUUGUCCGGCUUGCAUCUCUAUCACGGCCUUCUAGCCAUGGCAACACAGACCCAGACCAGUCGUUUGCUGCCUGAGCUUUCUUGUUACUGCAAGAGGCCAAAGCCCUUCUUGUUAUUCUUCCCCAGGGGUAGGCAGCCUAAGGCCCAUGGGCCGGAUCCGGCCCAAUCGCCUUCUCAAUCCGGCCUGUGGACGGUCCGGGAAUCAGUGUGUUUUUACAUGAGUAGAAUGUGUCCUUUUAUCUAAAAUGCAUCUCUGGGUUAUUUGUGGGGCCUGCCUGGUGUUUUUACAUGAGUAGAAUGUGUGCUUUUAUUUAAAAUGCAUCUCUGGGUUAUUUGUGGGGCACAGGAAUUCAUUCAUAUUCCCCCCCCCCCCAAAUACAGUCCGGCCCCCCACAUGGUCUGAGGGACAGUGGACCGGCCCACGGCUGAAAAAGGUUGCUGACCCCUGUUCUUCUCUGUCUCCCUUUUACGCCAGAGGAAAUCCUGGUAGGGUUCAUUUCCUCCAGACUUGACAGGAGUGGGGAGAGUGUCUCUGCUUUAAGGCCAAAGUGGAAGCAGAGCAGAGGCCUGGAGAGUCUGGGGUGGGGAGAGAAGGCAGGCUGGCCUGGUCAUGAUUGUCAAAGGCAGCCUGUCUUAGCACACUUGGGACAGUUGUCCAGCUUAGCCUUCCUUGUGGAGUUUUUUUUUGGGGGGGGCGUACAAGGAAUGGGAGAUGAGAUCCAGUCUCUUCCUUGUAACCAGAUGGGCCUCCCAUAUUUAUAGAAAAGGGCUUGGAAGCGGAUACAGUCGUACCUUGAAAGUUGAACGGAAUCCAUUCCGGAAGUCCUUUUGACUUCCAAAACGUUCAGAAACCAAAUCGCGGCUUCUGAUUGGCUGCAGGAAGCUCCUGCAGCCACUUGGAAGCCCCGUCGGACCUCCGGGUUCCAAAAGAACAUUCGCAAACAGGAACAAUCACUUUCGGGUUUGUGGCAUUGGGGAACCAAAACGUCCGAGUUCCAGGACAUUCGGGAUCCAAGGUACAACUGUACAGUGGUAUCUCGGGUUAAGUACUUAAUUCGUUCCGGAGGUCCGUUCUUAACCUGAAACUGUUCUUAACCUGAAGCACCACUUUAGCUAAUGGGGCCUCCCACUGCCACCGCGCCGCCAGAGCACGAUUUCUGUUCUCAUCCUGAAGCAAAGUUCUUAACCCGAGGUACUAUUUCUGGGUUAGCGGAGUCUGUAACCUGAAACGUAUGUAACCCGAGGUACCACUGUAUUAGCAAAUUGGCUAAGAGUAUAUUGGGUCUGUGCUGUUGCUAGGGUUGCCAGACCUCCAGGUCUGACUUGAACUCUUCAGGUUUCAAGUAUAUAUAGUUCUCAGGAGCUGGCUGCAAAUUAAAGCAUAGACACUUGGAGGGAGGUGUGUGUGGCAGGUCUGCCUUCCUCCACUCCCCUCUCCCAAUUUACCUGCAUCUUCAGGGCCCACCUUGUGACAUCACCAGGGGCUGCCCCUAGGUCUCAGGUUUGGGUCCUGAAAUCAUAGGGCAGACGGGACGUCCCUGAUUUAGAGAAGCCGUCCCAGUUUCUGAUUUGAUCCUGGAAUGUCCCACUUUUCCUUAGGAUGUCACUAUUUUCAUUGGAGAAAUGUGGGAGGGUAUGGGCAUUAUCUGGCCUCCAAGCCAACUGAAGGCAGCCCCGUAUAGGAAAGUGGUUUUUUAAAAUGUUUUAUUAUUUUUCAAUGUAUUAUUAUUUAUUUUUAUAUAUGUUGGAAGCUGCCCAGAGUGGCUGGGGCAACCCAGUGAGAUGUGUUGGGUACAAAUAGUAAAAUUAUCAUUAUGGAACAGGACGUCCCUAUUUUCAUCGGAUAAAGGUUGGAGGGUAUAUCCGGGUCUCAGUGGCUCCUGGCCUGGCAGCCAUAGUUGUUGCCCGGAACACAUUCUUUAAGCAUGGUCAAAAGGGCAGUUGUUGUGGCCAAAUGGCAGGAGAGUGAAGCCAGGACACAUGUCCCCGCCCAGUUGUCUACAACUCCCUUGAGCCCCACCCAGUUGCAGUCCAAAGCAGCAGUUCAGCGAAGGCUGUCCUAGCUGAUCUAGUGGCCUUCCUGCAGCUUUCGUGCCUGCUGACCACAUCAGGACCACGUGGCUCUGAAUCUGGCCCAUUACAAACUGUUUUCAGCAGUAGCAUUAAGGAGAGUCUUAUGCAGAAAUCUUUCAUGUUCAUGCUUUUUGGGUACGUGUGGUUUGUUUGUUUUUUGCAUGUUUUGUGUUUGCUUUAAUUAGUUAUGUUCUGUUUUCUACCGUCACCACCCCACACGUUGCCUCCAAGGUUCUUCUCAGGAAAAUGUGUACUUCCUAGCUUCCCCUUUCUCACCCAGUUGUCUAAGGCAGAAGCUGCAAGCAUUCUCUCCAGUAUCUCCUCCCUGCACCCUUCUUCCUUCUGCAAUGAGGAAGGGGGUUGUUUUAUAAAAGCAGGUGAUGGCUCUGUCUUCAGUUAACUAGUUUCACACACAGAGGAAUGGUCACCUCUCUUCUGGCUUUGUAUUUACAAGAUCCUAUUUUUGGCCACUUGAUUGCACCAACAGAAAAGAGCAAAUCCGGAAAUAGAGUAAACCUCACAGGAAUGUAGGAAAGGGCCUGGGACUCUGCCAUAUAAAAAAUCAUAAUAUUGACCCAUCUAGAUCUCCAUGUUGGCUCUUCUGACUGACAGCACUGCUCAAGUAUGGAAGCCUGAGUUUUUUUGUACCUUAAAAAAAAUAUCCUAUCAUUUAAAUGCAUUGCCUGCUUCUUGCCCCUCAGGCUCUUGGAGGCAGAUGUAAACAAGAGCCCAGACUUUGGGAGGAGGGAGCAAAGAAUCCCUGCUGCCACCAUGGCCAAGACGCACUGCGCUUUCUCUUUCUCUCUCUCUCUCAUUUGUAGAAGCCUCCUCUGGCAGCUACAACAGACGGGUCUCCGAAGGACACGCUCUGGAAAGGGUAGGUUCGCCAGGUUGCAUAUGGCUGUUAUGAAUCAAACAUGACAGACGGUGCACAGGCAGUAAGCCUCUUCCACGGAGUCAGGUGCCUUCUUAUCAGCUGGCCUUCGGAAGCAACAGUGGGGAAUACGAUAUUUUAAGCACAAGGAAGCAAAAGUUAUGGCUAAGUGCCUGGUGUGCAAGGAGUCAGACGAGCUGAUUUCUAGCGUCAGAGCAAUCCUCUUCCCUGUUAGGAAGUGCCAGUCUUCACUUGGCAUUUAAAUAAAUAAAACCCAGAUCACAAAAAAGACAGGUAAAACACACAAGGGGAAAAUGACAAUUAAUAUUAUAGUGAAUAUUACGGUAGCCAGCACAAGUUGAGAAAUACAUCCUGACCCAUCAACGCCCCCUGGUGAGUGUACCCAAACAGGAGCUGUCCUGUUGCGAACAGCUGGAGUUGGGUGGGCAUUGCUGUGAAAGGCACAGAAGCUGGGAAACAGUUUCACCUGGAUGUAAGGCAGUAAUGUAAACACUCCUUUGCUUGAUGCCUUGCGAUGGCUCCCUUGCCUUGCCACCUGUGUGCUGCAACCUUGUACCGUUUUUUUGUGUGAGGGAUGAUGAGUCUGGAAGGGGUGGGGAUCCGAGCCCCCCAGGAGAUAAAGGGCAGCUGUGUGCCUCUGUGCCCAGAUGAGGAAGGGGCUCCCUAGCCCAGCCCUGUCGCCAGCCAGCCCGCCCGAGGCACACCUGCCCCACCUGUCAAGAGAGCAAACAGGUGACACGUAAGCUGCCGGCCGGGCUGUGUGCGAAGCAGGUGGGGCCCCUCCGGCUGCUGUUCCUCCGCUAGCUGGGCUGGGGAGAAUGUGCCUUGGGCGAGAGCACGCUGCUGCUGCUGUGGUGUUGCUGUCCGAGAGGUGAGUGGCUUUCCCUUUCUGGGGCGAUGCCUGGGGUGCAGUCCAGGGGAGCAGCAGUCGGUGGGGGUGGGGACAUGGCUUGAGGCAGGUUGGUGCUGAAAGUGAUCAUUUACUUGGUCAGUUGUUAGUCAACGCCUGGGGGGGAGGGAGGGGACUCUGAGGUGCUGCUGGGGAUUCAAGCUCACUUUGAAAAGGUGGCUUUCCUGAUCCUGACCUCUGCCUUCCAGCUGUGCUGUUUUUCAGUGCAGGAACUUCCAUUUGUGUUAUUUGGAUGUAAGAAUGAGCUGCAGAGAGCCCCCAAGCAGAGGUCUGGCCUUUCCCCCCAAAGCCAGCAGCUCUCCUUCAGCAAGCAGCAAGCCACACAGCUCCACCCUGAAAGACCCGGGGUGCCCUUGGGCAGGCUAGGAACUUGGAGUCACCCCCCCAUCAUGCAUGCCUUUUAAAACGAGACUGCCUGAACUCAAGCUGUCUGCCCCAACCCAUCCAGUGUUCUCCAGAUGUUUUGGAUGAUAGUUGCUGCAGCUGCAGGAUCUGGUGUCCCAAAUAUCAGAAGAGCACCAGGUUAGGAAAGGCCUGCCUAAAGCCAGGGAUUACCGUAUUUAACGGGGUCUAACACACCAUUGAAGGGACGCGGGUGGCGCUGUGGGUUAAACCACAGAGCCUAGGAUUUGCCAAUCAGAAGGUCGGUGGUUCGAAUCCCUGCGACGGGGUGAGCUCCUGUUGCUCGGUCCCUGCUCCUGCCAACCUAACAGUUCUAAAGCACGCAGUGCAAGUAGAUAAAUAGGUACCGCUCCAGCGGGAAGGUAAACGGUGUUUCCGUGCACUGCUCUGGUUCGUCAGAAGCGGCUUAGUCAUGCUGGCCACAUGACCCAGAAGCUGUAUGUCGGCUCCCUCGGUCAAUAAAGUGAGAUGAGCGCUGCAAACCCAGAGUCGGUCACGACUGGACCUAAUGGUCAGGGGUCCCUUUACCUUUAACACACCAUUGAAUCCAAUGCGUGUCUCAAUUUUCAGAACCUUGAAACCAAAAAAAGUACCGUAAUUGCUGGCAAAUGUAAAUGUGCAUUGAAUCCUAAUGCUCACCUUAAGUUUUGCAAUGUAAUUUGGCCAAAAAAGCUGAGCAUUAGAUUUGAGUAAAUACCGUAUGUGCAACCAGCUUAACACUGGUGCAAAUUGUGUAUAGGUGCAGCAGCAGCAGCAGCACAUAGGCCAGAUGCUGAGGGGUUAAUUCUAGCCACUUUUAGCGAAAUGUUCAGGUCAGGGAGAAGCAGCAGGCAGAGCAGAGUGCUGCUGACUAUGGCUGGGACCGUUCGCCUUGCAGCUUCCCAAGAGCCAUGUUUUGUCCCUUUCUGGAAUCCCAGGUUUGGCCAUCAGUGGAAAUCUGCUUUAUGUGGCCGCUGCACACAGAGCUGGUCCAUGUGCUGGCACUGGUCCAUUCUCAGUGCAGAACUUCUUGUGCACUGCUGCAAACCCUCCCCAAUGGGAGGCUGGCUUGGCAUGUGAUGAGUCCAAUAGCAGCCUCUGCUCCUGCACAGCUCCAGUUUGCACCAUGCAGGCCUUGCAAAUGGCCACUGUGUGCUCAGAUGGUCCUGCGGGUCCUCCUUUAGUCUUAUGUGAUGCUGCUCUGAGGAUUCUGCCUGGCCAAACCCUCCCUGAAGUGGAGGCUCUUCCAGGUCUUCUUGUGCCAUCUGCACCUUGUUUAUGUCCUCCUGAAGGUAUAGAUUGCCAUACUAAUAGGCAUUCGGUGGAGUGUGUGAUGACAUUUGCAAAAAUGCUGUAGAUGGUCAUCAUGCUGACCAAAAAUCGUGCCUGGGCUUUGCUGCUGUUCUUGUGGAAGGGCUCCUGGGCUGUUCAGCUUUAACCUAAAUAGACUAAGGGUGGAGACCGCUUCUUAAAUAUUUGUGCAGGGAGGAGGAGGAGGAGGAGGAGGAUGAAGCUUAACCCUGCAGGACAACAGUAGUCUUGCUGCCUCUCUUAUCUGUGCCAACCUUCCUUGGGAGAGAUUUUCAGCUGGUUUCCUCUCAGGGAUUGUCAUGCCAAGGCAUCAGUGAGGUGCUGUCUUUUCUUUUUUCCUAAAUACAGUGGUGCCCUGCAAGACUAAUGCCUCGCAAGACGAGAAACCCGCUAGACGAAAGGGUUUUCCGUUUUUCGAUGCGCUUCGAAAGACGAAUUUCCCUAUGGGCUUGUUUCGCAAGACGAAAACAUCUUGCGAGUCUUGCGAUUUUUUUCGCUCCCCCCCCUUUUUCUAAGCCGCUAAGCCGCUAAUAGCCUUUUAGCUGCUAAGCCGCUAAGCCUUUAAUAGCCGCUAAACCACUAAACCGCUAAUAGCGCUAAUCCGCUAAUAGGGUUGCUUCGCAAGACGAAAAAACCGCUAGACGAAGAGACUCGCAGAACAGAUUAUUUUCGUCUUGCGAGGCACCACUGUAGCAUAUCUAGCCCUCAGCCUGCCUUAACAGCCCCAUCUUCCUGCUCACCCCUUUCCAUAGGUAGAACAGCUUGUUCAAUAGUAGACUAUUUUUGUAUUUUCUCAACUGCCUUGAGCGCUGUGUUCUGAAGACAGGAAGAACAGGUAGGAAUUUUAAAAAUAAAUCAUGAAAACCCGUGCAGGUUGGAAGUACAGGUCAGCACAAUUUAGCUCCGUUACCAUCAGCUGAAAACCUAUAAAAAGCACCUUGGCAUCAUUUCCCCUGACUUUAAAGUUCCUUCUUCCCAAAUCGGGCUGAAACACAGUCAAUAAGCCUAGGCCAGGCAGCCUCAUCUAUGGUAUAAUGUGAUGGGGAGAGGGAGAGAGAGAGAGAAAGUGGACCAUGUUAGGGAUGUAAAAAGGUAAAGGGGACCCCUGACCAUUAGGUCCAGUCACAGACGACUCUGGGGUUGCGUUGCUCAUCUCGCUUUAUUGGCUGAGGGAGCCGGCGUACAGCUUCCAGGUCAUGUGGCCAGCAUGACUAAGCCGCUUCUGAAACACCGUUUACCUUCCCGCCGGAGCGGUACCUAUUUAUCUACUUGCACUUUGACGUGCUUUCGAACUGCUAGGUUGGCAGGAGGUUAGGGAUGUACUGGCUCCCUAAUACCCCUUUCCAUGCAGAAGUCCAUUAAAUGGUGAGCACCAGUUGCUACUUCUUAAUAACUUUUAUCAAGUGACUUCAUCAGACAACCUGUUUAUUGAACGUUCACCCUGACUUGCCCUCCACAAAACACAUGUGGGGGUUAGACUAUAUCCCGUCUUUACUGAGCGUUUAUUCUGAUUUGUAUGUGGGGAGGUUAUACAACAGGGAGUGUUCGUCCCAAUUUGCUGUGUCUUCCCACCAAUCCUUUGUUCAUCCCACGCUUUAUAGUAUGUUUGCCGCCCACUUUCCUAACACCCCAAAGCCAGGGUUUUAUUUAAUUAAAACAAAAAGUUUGUUGUGCUAGGAUGACAGAGUGCUUUAAUCCACUUUUAUUCCCAAAAAACUAAAUUCCCAGCAUGCACUUGAAUUCCUCCUGCAAAAUACUGACAGUCUGGAGGCGAGCAAGGAUAAUACCAAGCUUAAUUACACCUUUUGUACCAAGAGUAUGCAAAGCUUGUUCUCAUGCCAACACUUUAUCUGGGGUUUUUAAAAAACCAAAUGUUACCUGGUGUGUGUGUGUAUGUGUUGGGGGUUAGGGGCUGGGGGUGGUUGACACUCAGGCCACCUGCCCCAGGCAUCUCCUGUCAUGUGUACUUGAGUCCUGUGAUGGAGUAAUUUUUCCAUGCCCAUUCAGAAAACAUUUUGACUGAAGGAGGAAUCUGAAUCAGAGUCUGGAUUUUGGCUUCUGCAGCCAUGAUGUUUUCCUUAUAUGUGUUUGGGGUGGGGUGGACAGAUGGACACCUGUGUCAUGUACAGUAUGAAGACUUUCCUGGUUCUGUGCAUGUAUGUAAACCUAUUGCAAGUUACAUCUUCCUAACAUGUUCUGCAAAGGAAUCUUGUGUGCACAGUCUUCUUCACACACAGAGCACUAUGCACUGUUCUUUUCGGGGGAAAUGUCGCAUGUGCUUAGAUUGGGCUCCAUGGAGGAGAUGCUGUGAGUCUGGACAGUUGAUAGCUGGGAUUUCAGAGAAUGCAAUAUAUAGUUACUGGAAAAUGAACGGAAAUGAAAGCUGCUCCCUUCCUCUUCCUCCCCUCCCCUCUGUCUCACCCCAAAGGCUGUCCUCAGAGUUCUCACGAUGUCUGAUGGGGACUACGAUUACCUAAUCAAAUUCUUAGCCCUGGGCGAUUCUGGUGUGGGGAAGACCAGUUUCCUUUAUCAGUACACAGAUGGCAAAUUCAAUUCAAAAUUCAUAACAACUGUUGGCAUCGACUUCCGGGAAAAGAGGGUGGUAAGUUCCCACCAUUUUCUACAUCUCCAUUUUGGGGGGAAGACUCACUUUCAGCUACCUUUCAGAAAACUGUGAUCAGAACUCAGACCUGACCCAGUUUUCCCUGAACCUGGCAGGGCGUGUGGAUUCCUGGUACUUCUUGGACAUAAACAGGUGAGAAGCAGAGAAGAAGAAGGGAUGAGGUCUGCAGGUCUGCACUUUGGUGGUGGCUAAUAUUUAUGGGGGAGUCAUCCAUUAGCUCACCCCAAGUGCAGUUUCAACUGACUUUGCAAAACGUGCUUUUUAUUUUUCACAGCCACUUGCAAAAUGCGACAGCCUUGAUUUUGCCUUUAGUGACCUUUUUAGCAGUUUGGCCAAAGGGGCCUGGGGGCCAUUUCCGAAGAGCGCCCUCUCCACAGGCCUCUUUCAGUGGUGCUCUUCUACAACCACCUCCUUCUGUCCUUGCAGGCCUGGUGGCAGACAGCAUGGUCUAGUGAACCAAAACAAGUUUCCCUUUUAGUUUCAAGGAAUGAGAACAAUCUGGGGAAGGGGCCAUUUCCAUCCCCAUUUCUGAGACCAGACUCCAGUCCAGUCAACGUAGAUUUCCUGCUGCCACCACCAUCCGCCUCCCUCCAGCUUCUACCCACCCACCUGUGCAGUUCUGCCGGUUAUAGAAGCAGCAGUCUCUAGGAAAGGGCCUGGGGCUUUUGUUUGCAAGGAAGACGGUGGGUUUGGUCAGCUCAUUCUGUAGCAGAACAACCCAUGAGAUUCCCUGUAACUCCCACAAGAAGUGGUGGACUCUCCUUCCGUGGAGGUUUUUCAGCAGAGGUUGGAUGGUCCCCUGUCAUGGAUGAUCUAGCUGAGAGUCCUGCAUUGCAGGGGGUUAGACUAGAUGACCCUCAAGGUACCUUGUAGCUCUAUAAUUCUAUGAUUCAGUGGUUUCACCACAUUGCUUCAUGCAAACAGUCUGGCCCUAAUAACUUCAAACUCCUCUGUAAUUUCAAAGCCACUUGUUCCUGCCCAGCCGUGGGCCUCAAAGGGCUUAUCCACUCUUCCUCUUGUCCUGCAAUCCCCCCCCCCUCCCGGAAAAACGUUCUUUAGCUCUCAGUCGGAGCAAAUGGCAAUUCAGGUUUUCUCUGGAUGAAUGUUUGCUUCAAUUUAGAGAGAGAGUCAGUUUUCCCUGGGAAAGGAGCAGGGCAAGGGGAAAACUGCUCGGACCCUUGCUUUCUAGGCAUGGGACAAGCGCAAGUCUGGAUGAGCCCAAAGUCAGCUGGGCCCUCCUGCUGUUCUGACCUUCUGAUUGUCUCAGCCAUUCCCCAGCCCACCUGGGAGCAAUGAGAUUGCAUCAUCCUACUAAGCUGGGCAGCACAAACUGCAUUAAAAUAAAAGAGAGCUGCUGGGAAUGAGAAAAUUAGGCAUGCAGAAAUCUGUUUGUUUUUCUUGAAGCCUCGUCUGCUGUCAUUGUUAGAACAAGCUUCCUGGAAGUCCCUUUCCAGGCUGCUGCUGCUGCCCUUUGACUUCUUUUCUGUCCCCAACAGAAGCAGAAGUAGCUAUCUCCUUUCCACGUACCUCUUCCUGCUGCAGCCUCUGCCUGCCUGGUUUUCCAUAUAUUAAUAUCCCGUCCCUGCCUAUAAUGAGAUCAGUUUGACACUGUCCGGGAGCCUCCCUUUCCUGCUUGCUGCUAGCAAUCAAUGCCAGCCUGCCAGGAGAAAAGGUGCAGCUAAAUUGCCAGUGUCUUUCUUAUCUGAUUGUACUUUUUGCAGUUACACUGAAAUCUAAGCAAUCAAAAUCAGGUUCCACACGUUUUGGAUUUAUUUACUACCCAGCCACCAUUUGCAGUCACCACUGAUGGCUCCAUUUGUGUGCCCAAAAACAUGGGGCGGCAUGUGUGUGUGGAGUGGGGCACCUCUAAUGUCUACCGCUUAAAUGUUUUGUGAUUAAGCAACCUAUGAAUCUUUCUAAAUACAGAGAUAUUGCACUGGGCAUUGGAGCAGGAGGAAGAAGCUGUAUCAGGUCUCCUGGAUGCUACUUCUGCCGGCUCCACAGUGCCUGACAUUAGAAAGCAGCCCCCUCUUUGGAAAUGGGGUUGAAGGGGUCUCCCUGCUUUCACUUGGCUUUGGGGCAGGGGCUUGCCUGUUCCAAAGCCCAGUGUGAUUGGAGGAGCUCCUCCUCUGCUCUCCUUCCCAGGGUUUGGGGCAUGGAUUCCUGGGUUCUCGAAUCGCAGCAAGCAGAAACUCUAUACAGAUGGCAAGCGGAUUUGCAGAGGCCUGAGUAACAACAUUUCCUAACGAAAACUUCCAGCCGUUUCUGAACGAUCAUCAUUCAGAAAUAUGCACUGGAAGUGUUUUCAGUCGUGAAUUCUUCCAAAGGCUUAUGCUGCUCCACACCAGGAUUGAAAUCUUCUGAAAACAGCCUGGAAACUGACCAAGCCCACGAGGAGGCCAACUGGGCUUAUUUGGGUUUGGCAGCUUGAGUUUUGGACCCUGCAGAAACCCUCACAACAACAGCAGCAGCAGCUCCUGGGGAACAAUAUUAAAAUAUUGUAUUCAUUGUAUUUCCUCUCCUAAAUUAAAUCCAAUUACUGACAGCAGAUAAAGCAGACCAUAGGUGCAAGCAGCCCAGGAGCAGAGCCACAAAAGCCAGUUCGAUACCUGACUCUAAGCCCACAGCCCAGGCUUCCCGAAGACUGAAGGUGUGGGGGCCUCUUUGUGGAGGGAGAUCCCCAGAGACGCUAGUUGGAGGUACUCGUCCAAUGUCAUGCCUUUUUUAAACAGGUGUACCGAUCAAAUGGGCCGGAUGGCAUUAGUGGUCGAGGACAAAGAAUACAUCUCCAACUGUGGGACACAGCGGGGCAAGAAAGGUAAGGGAUACAAAGAAGAAAUAGAGCCAGACUGAAAAUGUAAGAAUUUCAGAAAAUCCUUCCAGUUGAGCAUCCUUUUCUUGCAGUGGCCAAUAGCUCUCUCUGACUUUGGGUCCCCCCCUGCAUCAACUGGGAAGGCUGUAGCCUCUGCCCCUGCAGAUGAGAUGUGCCCCCCUGAGCACAAGUAGCUCCUGACCACCUCCAUUCAUUUUUCUAAUCACAUUCAUUUCAUUCAUUUUCCUAAUCUCCCUUUAAAGUCAUCCAUGUUUGUGGCCCUCACUGCAUCCUAUGUAUAUGUUUCAUUGCUGACAUUUUUAUUGUUGCUUUGAGAUGUUUCUUAGGAAGUGAAUCUUAAAUGAAAUGAAAUAAAUAAAUAAAACAAAUCAACUUGUAGGAGCAAAUUCCAGAAUUGAAUCAUGAGCUGCUUCCUUUUCUCUGCCCUGGAUCUCCCAUCAGUCAACAGAAACAAAUGAUUCUGAGGUCUAAUAUUAUGAAGGGGAAGAAAAACAUCUGCCUCUAUUCCUUUCUCCACAUUAUCCAUCAUUUUAAACACCUCUAAGCUCGCCCCCCCCUCAGUAAGUUGUCCUUUAUCCUAACUUGACCUCUGUGGCAGCUUUUCUUCUGUUGCUGACAAUUGGCCAAAAGGCCUUUGCUAAGAGGUGUUUUGAGACACUAAAGCCCUUCCCCAAGAGUCCCUCUGUUCCUUUCAGAUUACUUCAGACUUGGACCAUAGUAAUUAUAUCAAGAAUUCUGGCUCCUUUGAAGUCAGUGGUAAAAUGCUUCAGACUAAUAGCUUACCUUAUUGCAGGUUAUUGUUUAUUCUUGGCUAAAAGAAUAUCUUUGCUUUUCGUCCUUGCAGGUUUCGUAGCUUGACGACCGCCUUCUUCCGAGAUGCAAUGGGCUUCCUUCUCCUCUUUGAUUUGACCAACGAGCAAAGUUUCCUCAACAUCAGAAACUGGAUGAGUAAGAGGCUGUCUUCCCGCACUCCCCAUUGGGCGGCUGCCUUUUCCCAGUAUGACCCCUGUGGGUGUGGGGCUGUAGAGAGAGAUGGGCCCAUAAUUCACCCUGGCCCUGCAGCCAGUGGGGAACACCCCAAAAGUCAGCAUGGAACCAGUCUGGAUCCAUUAUUUUGUGCCAUUAACAAAAUGUGGGCCUGUAGGGAUUUCUUCUUCUUCAACAGCCCUAUAGGAAGCAAUGAGCCACUGAGGCACAAGUGGGCACACGUCCAGGAGGAAGAAUAAUGCCCCCCGGUUGGUAGUGUCUGCCCCCAACCCUGAUCACCUUCCCCACAGUUGUCCCCUUAGCGUGCAAGGCUGAAUCCAAAGCAGCAGUCUUUUGGUUUUCUGUGGGCGUGUAUUUUCAAACAGUGUUCUUAACGUGAACCAUCCGUGAAGGUGGCAAAAGAUGAAAAGUCCUGGUAAACAAAGCCUUUUCUUUCUGCUGCCCAAGCAAAGCUUGGAGGCAGAUGCUGUCUUGGCUGGGGACAUGCCACAGCUGUCCUCCGUGGCAUUUAAUUUCAUUGUACACAGGUUGUACAUUGACAAUAAAGGUAUUAUGAUUAAUUGGGUUCCUGUGGUGGGCAGGGCAGGUUUUUUUGUAAGAGGCAUGUCAUGCCCCAGCCUCAGAUUUCUGUCUGGGGUCUGUCUGUCCCCACCUGCACAGGAACCUCCAGAGGCAUUUUUCUGACUUUCUCAGCUGAACAGCUUUCAUUCCUCCACCCUGGCGAAGGGUGAAGAGGCCCUCGCCCUCGCUGCCUCCCGGCUGCCCUCUGAAUCGCUUCCCUUUGCAUUGUUGGGUCCUGUGGGUGCAGCAGCAGCACCCAAUGCAUUUGCUUGGGGUCCUGGAGAGGAGGGUGGUCGCUGCAUCCAUGGACUCAUGUCCCCCUCUACUAGCACCAAGCCUGGCCCAGAUUCACAAGGGUGACAGGCUGAAUUCUUGCAUGGGAGCAACAGGACACCUUCGGGUGCCCAUGGAGGGGACUGGGUGUGUGACAGUCACAGGUAGGGAGAAUUCACCGUAAUGUAAGAAUGGAGGGAUCUGUGCAGGAAGGCCAUAGAGUGCUCUGCUUUCGCCACUUCUCUGGCUGUUGUAGCAACUGAGCCUGGCAUUUCCCUUUUCCUGUUACUGUUAGGCCAGUUGCAAACCCACGCCUAUUGUGAAAACCCCGAUGUGGUCCUGUGCGGAAACAAAAGCGACCUGGAAGAGCAGCGGGUGGUGAAAGAAGAGGACGCAAAGGAACUUGCAGAGAAGCAUGGGCAAGUCACAUCCUCCCCGUCAUUCUUGCGGUUUGGGCAGAGCGGUGGCUGCCUCCAGGGGAGGCUGGAGGGAGCUCCUCUAAGGAGCUGCUUAACAGAAAAACUGGUGACCUGGUACUCCUCAGGGAGAUGGAAAUAAUCCUUCAGAGCCCAGGAUCCUUCCUCAGUCCCUUUGCCCCCACCCUCCACUGCCUUUUUUUCUUUUCAGGGCAUCUGCACAGGUAUUCCUGUAUCUUUGUGUGCACACCUUAAAAAACAACUCCUCCUCCCAGGAAGUGCGCAAGAGCAAACUUUACCCACCUUAGUUUUCAUGUUUCAUUUGGGGAAAUGGAAUCUUGUUGGGGGCGGUGGUGUCACGAUCUAUUUCCAUGUGUUGUUUUAAUUUUUUAAUACGGAGGUCUUGUGCAAGAGUGAUAUUUACCUGACUGAGCCUUGCACAAGAGUGAUAAAGAAGCUAUUGUUUUAUUUUAUUUUAAUUUUAAAUAUUGUGGCAGCCCUUGAUGCUCCAGGAGGGUGAGUGUUGGUGGGGGAACCCCCGAAGACAUUAGGAGAAAACUCUUCCUGGUGCCAGAGAGUCCCACCCCAUUGACUGGGGAUUCAUUGCAGGCGAAAGGAAGGAUGGUUCCGUGAGGAAGACCCUCCCCUCCACCUCCAGUGUUCAUCCUGAACACCAGUUGCUGGGGGGAUGACAGCAGUGGGAGACCCGGGUGAAAGAAAGCCUAGUUUCACCCCUGCCUUGGGGCACUGAGCAGAACUGGGAGCAAGCUGGCUCCUCCUUCCCGUGGAGGGGUAGGUCUGGGUGGGAGCCCAGUGGACUCUGCCAGUCUUGUUGGCAAUUGUGCAGGGAAUGCGGUGCCAGACGCUCCUGCUCUCCACUCCCAAGUAAGGGAGGUGAACCCAAAGGUCAGACUCUGGCCUGCAUGAAUGGACUGUUUGGUAUAGAAAUUGCAGCCAAGUGAAAAAGUAGCAAGGAAGUGGCCUGCAAAAACAGCCACCUCUUGAGCACCACCAGCUGGAGAAUAUGAGGACCUGCUUUUGCCCAGUCCUCCUGCAGAAGACGGUCAUCCUCCUGCCCUUUGAAAAGCCCUGUUUAUUCAGCAGCGUUUGUCCUGAUUUACUUGCUCAAAACUUACAUGGAGGUUAGAUUAUUGCACAUUUAUUCUGAUCUGCUUGUGUUUAUAUGCCCUCCCAUUGUUCACCCCCCACUUUUCAUCCUCUCGCUUUCUGAGGUCAGAUUCUUUUUUAAAGUGGAGUUGUUGUGCUAGGGCAACAGGGAGCUCUAAUUCACUUAUAGCCGGGCAAAGCUAAAGUUCUGGUAUCCUUCCUGCGAAAGAGUGACUGUCCAGAAUCAGCCCUUGUGACUGCUUCCGAUAAAAAUUGUGUUCUGAGAAGCCAAGCAGGCCUUAAUUCUCCUUUCCUUCCUGAGAGCCGCCAUUAUCUCAGAAUGGCACAGCUCCGCAGAGUAAACCUUUCUGAUGCCUUCUUUCCAGGAUCCCUUAUUUUGAAACGAGUGCUGCCAAUGGGGCCAACGUGAGCAAGGCCAUUGAGACGCUUCUGGACCUCAUCAUGAAGCGAAUGGAACGGUGUGUGGACAAGUCCUGGAUCCCAGAAGGGGUAGUGCAGCCUAAUGGGCACAGCUCCACAGAGCAGCUCAGUGAGGAAAAAGAGAAAAGCAAGUGUAGCUGCUGAUCGCUAGAGACGUGACUGCGACAUUUUAAAUUAAGCUAUGAUGAUAUUAUGGCUGAAGCUUAAUAUGAAUAAUUUUUGGACCACCUUCUCUAUAUGUAGAUGUAGAUGUGUGAUGAUCAGCUCUGCUGAGCACCAGUUUACUAUCAAACAACACCAACUUGUGCUUUGCAGCCGUUUCCCUUUAUUAGUUACUAGCUAGGCUGGCCUAAGUUUUCAGGAUUUAGACUGGCUGCUUAACAGCAAGUGCUGUUUCCUCUAAGGACCUAAAUUCCCUUGUUGCAACAACAGAAAUGGGUGGGUGGGCUGAAUUGGCCAGAGGAAGCAAGUAAUUUGUUCUUCGUUGCUGGAAAUGUUCUGCAUUUUAAUGCGUUAAAAAUAGAUAAAUAAAUCCUUUGUUAUCAAUAAUAGGGAACCGGCAUCCCAUCUCCACCUCCGGAUGUUGCUAGGCCAACAGUUCCCAUCAUCCCUGACUCUGCUGUUGAGGCUGAUGGGCACUGCAGUCCAGCAACAUCUGAAGGACAACUGCUCCCCUAUCUGUGGUUUUUAGAGACAUCAAGCUGGCCCUUGGACCAAACCCUGCCACCUUUCAGAGUUAGUACUGCUAGAAUCCAGAUGUGCUAUCCUGCCUAAGUAGGUGGAGCAAGAGUAUGUUGCAUGUAUACGGAUGCAGAAGUGUCAUAUGUAAAUUUUCUUGUUUUGACAGGAAUAGAGGGCAAGCUAAUGCUUUGUGCUAAAUUUCUUUGUUUGGAAAAAGUCUCCUUCACAAUCGGACCGAAAAUAUUAUUACUGACUCUUCUGGCGAGGCCUUACCCUGUUAAACUCUUGGCUUAUACACCUGCCGUCUCUGUUUUCUUUGCUCCGGUAGAAUCCAGACUCAUUUGCUGUGAUUCUGCAGCUUGCCUGCUUUCGCUGAUGCGUGUAAUCAAAUGGUCUAGAUCAGUUUAUUUAUUCUCGGGCAGAAUCAGUACUUUGAACGGGGCUUAGAGCCUCCUGGGAGCACCUCCUGCAUGUGCUUGAAGGGGAUGAGAACAACACCAGAAGAGGGGAGGGGGCUUUGCUGUUUGCUUGUGCAAAGUGGGGGUGCAGAGUUACCAACUUUGUCUUACCAUGCCAUGCCACUGAACAAUCUUCUGAGCACCUACAUUUUUCCAACACCUUUUAAAACAUCUCGCUCAAAAGUCUUAACAAAGUCUUAUUCAGUCUCUGCACACUUAAGUCCCUGCCUCUAUUCCAUUGCCGGACUUGAAGCUAGCAGCCCUUAGCCAUGUUUGGGUGUGUCUGUGUGUCAGAUGGUCCCAACGCAUACAAGCAAAGCAUUCCACAGCAUCUUCCCUGAUGCACCAGCCCUGCCCACCCACCAAACUGCCUAACUGGUUGGUUGUAAAACCUGAGCAUUAAAUGUGACUUGCUGUUCACCACUGAGGCCCAGAUGCUUGGAGAUAAUAAACAAAAUAAGAAACCCUUACGUGUUUGUGCAACGUGCUCUGCUGGGCUGUCACCCUGAUGUUGACAAAAUAGCACCCAAAAAUCUAUUUAUGUGAACACCCUGGAUAUUUUGUUGACCACGUGCUGCAGGUCAAAACCUGCCCUGCCAAAUACAGUUUUAAUAAGAAAAUCUGAAUGUAUUAAAAGGAUACAGUAGUAGCAGUUGGGUAAACUGUGAACAUGCUUACAUCCAGAAAUGCAUUCCAGGGGAUUAAGGGGAGCUGUUAAGUGUUCUGAGAAAUUUGCUGUGCUGUUUUAAAACCCACCUCAUGCUCAGGCCUCAAGAUGGGACAUUCAAGUUUGUGUUGGGGCCUGGGGUGGGGGUAUGAAAAUAUUGGCUCAAAUGUCUGUCAAUGCCUGAGACACACAAUUGACUGGAGGCUUUUUGCUCAUUAGAAGUGCCUUUGAAAGGACCCAGGACUAGCAAAAGAGCCAGUAUUUUUUUAAACAAAGGAGAAAUACAACUUCACUUUGUGGAGGAAUGUCCUGGAACUCUGCCACCUGUACACUAAGGCUAAAAUCACGCAGCGGAAAUGGCAGGGAUGCAUUUUUCUGAAACCAGAGGUGUGUUUUAGAUUUGAUACAAAAGGCUGAAACAGCCAUAUUUUUUGACCCGCAUGCUGUAUUUAUCGAACUGUAUAAAUGGAAAAUUUAUAACUGCCAUAUACUGCCAUGAAGAGGUAUCUCUAUUAAAAAUGAAUUAUAGCCGUGGCCUGCAUCUUUGACUUAUUUGUAGCCGGGAUAAGAAAUCUGUGCAGAAUGAUUCAGAAGUUGCACCGGAGACGUUUACGCAUCGCUGCUCAUAAAUGUGCUGCACCGAAGAGUCAGCAAUGAUAACGGGAGUUCUCCGGUGCCCGUUUCCGCACCUCAAGAUCCUCCAUCAUUAGAGAAGACCCUGAAAUAACUGGAGAGAAAGAAGGGGAAGGCAAUUAAGAGCCAAGU